UCAGGCCUGAGGCCAGUGAAAUAAGCGGCGCGCGGAGAGCCGGUGCGCGCCAUGGCUCCAUACGAUGUAUUUAUCUUUGCCGCGCUUAUCACUGUCAGCGGCGCCGUAUACAAUAGAGAUCGCGAUCGACAACGUGCCGAUCCCCGCUUAUUAGACCGGGCUUGUGAACUCAGCUCCUGUUAUCCGGCGACUGGAAAUCUUCUCAUCGGUCGGGAGGCGAGACUCUUCGCCUCGUCCACUUGCGGAGUACACGGCCGCGAGCGAUAUUGUAUUGUGUCACAUCUGGAAGAGCGAAAAAAAUGUUUUUGGUGCGAUUCUACGGAGUACACAGUGAACAGUCCGCAGCUAAAUCAUCGAAUUCAGAAUAUUAUAUACAAGUUUCAUCCCGGCACACGAACGAAGUCAUGGUGGCAAUCCGAAAAUGGAAAGGAGAAUGUUACAGUACAACUAGAUAUGGAAGCGGAAUUCCAUCUCACGCAUUUAAUAAUGAACUUCAAAACGUUUCGCCCUAAGGCUAUGUUAGUGGAGAGGUCUUUUGACUUUGGCAAGACUUGGCGAGUUUAUCGAUACUUUGCGCAUAACUGCGACGAAGCUUUCCCUUCUGUACCGAAGCAUACGCAACGGAGCUUAACUGAAGUUGUUUGUGAAUCGCGUUAUUCUGGUGUCGCGCCCUCAACGGAAGGUGAAGUGAUUUUUAGAGUGUUACCACCGAAUAUAAACGUAACGAAUCCUUAUUCAGAAGAGGUUCAAAACUUAUUACGAAUGACAAAUUUAAGAAUAAACUUUACGAAAUUGCACACACUCGGCGACGAUUUGCUUGAUAAUAGAGCUGAAAUUCAAGAAAAAUAUUAUUAUUCUAUUUAUGAAAUGACUGUCCGAGGGUCCUGUUCUUGCUAUGGGCAUGCUUCGCGCUGCCUUCCCAUGCCCGGUGUGGAGGCAAAAAAUAAUAUGGUCCAUGGACGUUGUGAGUGCACACAUAAUACACGUGGUUUGAACUGUGAAUAUUGUGAAGAUUUCUAUAAUGAUUUACCGUGGCAACCGGCCGUUGGAAAAACGUCGAACGCUUGUAAGAGAUGUACAUGUAAUAACCAUGCUACCUCAUGCCAUUUUGACGCCGCAGUUUAUAAUAAGACUGGUAAAAUAAGUGGUGGAGUGUGUGAUAAUUGUCAGCAUAAUACAAUGGGUGUCAACUGUGAGCGAUGUAAACCAACGUUUUAUAAGGAUCCGUCUCUUGACAUACAAAGUCCAGACGUAUGUAAACAGUGUGAUUGUGACCCAGAAGGAACGACUGAUAAAGAAAUUCUAUGUGAUGACGAAACCGACGCGGCUAAUAACAAAACCGCUGGCAGAUGUUUGUGUAAAGCAAAUGUUGAUGGAGCGCGUUGUGAUAGAUGUAGCGAUGGAUAUUGGAACUUUAAUUCGGACAACCCUGAGGGAUGUGAAUCCUGCACAUGCGACAGAUUAGGCACAAUAAAUGAAAGAGGAUGUGACGCAGCAACAGGAAAUUGCUUUUGUAAACGUCAUGUUACAGGGAGAAAUUGUGAUCAGUGUCUUCCCGAAUUUUAUGGUUUGUCAGACAGUGACGAUGGAUGCUCGUCUUGUGAUUGUGACGUCGGAGGCUCCAUUGAUAGAGAUUGUGAUGUGAUAACAGGUCAAUGUAAGUGCCGACCGAAUGUGACAGGCAGACGCUGUGAUCAGCCAUUACAAAACUUUUUCGUUGGAGCACUGGAUUCAAUGGUAUACGAAGCAGAGUCUAGCCAGUGUGAUUCUCAAAUUGAUGAUAACGCUAUUCAAAGCCAAUUAUGUCAUGUUGUUAUUCGAGAAAACUUCCCCGAUGGUAGAAAAGAAACCUGGACUGGCCCCGGAUUCAUGAAAAUACCUGAAAGCAGUACAUUAGUAUUCACAAUCAACAACCUAAAAACAAGCAUGAAUUACAAUGUUCUGAUAAGAUAUGAACCGCAAUCUACAAGAACUUGGGAAGAAGCUACUAUACUUGUUAAGCGACCCACCCCUGAUUCAGAUUCACCGUGUGCCAGUAUUCGCCCUGAAGAUGAUACUAUACCUACAGUGUUGCCAGCAAAUCAACGUAGUGUUCUAGUUGAACCAGCGGUGUGUCUCGAGAAAGACAAAGAAACCGAAGUUCGCAUAUACUUAGGAAGACAAGAUGGCCGGACUUCAAGCAGCAGAGCAUCGGUGUUGAUAGAUUCUAUUGUUCUCAUCCCAUCAGUCGAUGAUUUGCCAUUUUUAGCAAAUAACAGCGACGCAAAAGAAGAAUUUGAGCGCUAUAAUUGUGGAGAUAAAUAUUAUUAUGAUUUAAAUAGAGAUAACGUACCAGAAGUUUGUAAGAAUUAUCAUGCUAGUAUCGGAUUUUAUAUAAGGAAUGGAUCAGAAUCCUGUCAGUGUGACCCUUCAGGUUCGAAAAGUCAUCAAUGCGAUCGUUACACUGGAUAUUGUCAAUGUGUUGAAAAUAUUGUAGGUGCACGGUGUGAUAGGUGUGCUCCAGGCACUUACGGUUUUAGCAAGUUUGGUUGUAAACGUUGCGAUUGUAAUAGUAUUGGAUCUUUAGAUAACUUUUGUGAUGCUACUAGUGGACAAUGUAAAUGCAGACCAAAUACCUACGGGCGGGCAUGCGACUUAUGUCAACCAGGCUUUUUCAAUUUCCCGAAUUGUCAGCAGUGUGAUUGUAAUGGGCAUGCCAUUGAAUGUGAUGAUAAAACAGGGGCUUGUAAAGAAUGUCGAGAUUAUAGUGAAGGCCAUCGUUGUGAAAGGUGUAUAGAAGGAUUUUAUGGUGACCCUCGUUUAGGCAUUGAUAUACCGUGUCGCCUUUGUCCAUGUCCUGGAGUUAAAGGUGAUCCAAACAAGAGCAGUCAUGCAGAUAGGUGUGAGUUGGAUGCUGAAACUAAAGAUGUUGUUUGUGAUUGUAAAGAAGGCUAUGCAGGAUUACUCUGUGAUGUCUGUGCUGACAAUUAUUUCGGUGAUCCCAUUAAAGGAACAUGUGAAAAAUGCGAUUGCAACGGUAACAUUGAUAUAACAAAACCAGGAAAUUGUGAUCCUUACACCGGAAAAUGUCUACAAUGCUUGCAUAAUACUGCCGGAGAUCACUGUGAGUUGUGUAAAGACGGUUAUUAUGGCGACGCUUUAGAACAAGCUUGUGAUAUAUGUAAUUGUAACGUAUUAGGAACAAAUUUCACCCGUGGCAGUUGUGACCGUGUGACUGGGCAAUGCCCUUGUUUCAAUAAUGUAAUGGGCAUUAAUUGUGAUCAGUGUACUGAAAAUCAUUGGCGAAUCGCACUAGGAAAAGGAUGUGAUCCAUGCGAAUGUGAUCCUAUAGGAUCUUUGUCACCUCAAUGUAAUCCUUUUAUAGGAAAAUGUGAUUGCAAGCCAGGUCACGGUGGUAGGCAAUGUGAUCAAUGUCAAGAAAAUCACUGGGGAGAUCCUAACAUAGAAUGUUAUGAAUGUGAAUGCGACCUUGAUGGUUCUGUAUCUCAGCAGUGUAUGAGAGAAAAUGGAUCCUGUAUUUGCAAACCUGGAAUAGGAGGAUAUAAAUGUGACUUGUGUGCUAGAGGUUACCUUGGUGAAGCUCCUGAAUGCUAUGCCUGUGGUGAAUGUUUUGAUAAUUGGGACCAAAUAAUUGGAAAAUUACGCAUUCAGACGGAAUAUGCUAUUGGCAAUGCCAGUAAAAUUAAAGUAAUUGGAGCUACAGGAGCAUAUACCAGAGACUUUGAAGAAAUGACCAAAACCUUAACAGAUGUCGAAAAUUCUCUCCAGAGUGCUAGACUAGGACAAACUACCGUUAAAGAGCUUAUUUCUAAUAUAUCGAGUCUACAAGAACAUCUUAACGAAGCAGAUAGCAAAAUUAAAGAAAGCAAUGAUAAUCUUACAGCUAUAACAUCAAAGAUAAACUUAGGAAAUGUCACUUUAGACGGUUUAAGAUCUAGUAUUGAAAAACUUAAGAGUAAAACAUUAGAGCUAGGCAAUAAUGCAACAAAAUUACAAGAGGCUAACCUUGAGGGUGCACUUAACCUGACGCGUGAAGCAAAACAAAGGGCUAUCAAAGCAAGUGACGAUGCAGAAAGUGUACAGACUAUUAUUGCAAACGCUGACAGACAAAUUAAAAAUACUGAUAGACUUAUAGAAAUGCAAUAUAACAAUUUUAAUAACACGCAAAAUGAAAAUGAAAAGAAGCUUGACGAAUUGCAAGACAUUUUGUCGCAGUUUGACGAAGGCUUCCCUAAAUUAAACGAAAAAAUGUGUGGACAAGAAAGUGACACCUGCGAUAUUUGUGGUGGCGCUGGUUGUGGAAAAUGUGGUGGAAUAUCUUGUGAUCAAGGUGCAAUAACCAAAGCAGAGCAAGCUUUAGAUUUUGCAAAUAAAACAGAACAUAGAAUUAAGGAACAUGAACUUUCCGCUGAAGACUUGUUUCGAUCGGUAACUCAAGUUAAGCAAGAUACUGUCUUGGUAAAAUCUAGAGCAGGAGACUUACUCAAUAGAUCCGGUGAUUUUAAAUUAUCCGCUGAAAAGGUUAUCAAUGAUAGCGUGGACUUAACUUUGGAACUCAGAGAAUUUUUAUCGAACAACUCCAAUACUCCCGCAGACGUAAGGACUUUGGCCAAUGAUAUACUUAAUUUAUCGAUCAGAAUUGAACCUAAAGAAAUUACUGAGUUAUCUCAAAGAAUCAAUUCUACCGUAUCCCAACUAACAAACAUUGAAAACAUUAUAUCGGAAACCAAGCCCGAUCUUGACAGAGCUAAUGCGCUAAAACAAAAUGCAACGAUCGUAAAUAAAGAAGCAAAUCUUACCUUAGAAAUGGCAAAUAAAGUUUUAGAAGCAUUAAAUGAGGCCCAAGCUGCCCAAAACGCUGCAGAAAAUGCUAUUGAUAAAGCAAAUAACGAUAUCGAAGCGGCAAAAGGAGAUCUCUUACCGAUUGCAAUUGAAACAGAACAAGCUCAAAAGAAAGCAAAUGAGACCAUGGAUGAAGUAGAAGGCUUGCGCACUCGUCUAUCAGAUUUACAGAAAAAUAUUCUUAAAAUAGAAAGCGACGCUGAUCAGGUGAAGCAAGAAGCGAAUGAUGUUGUUAAUAGAGCUGAAGCGGCCGAACAAAAAGCAAGGCAACUGCGACAAGACUUUAAAACUACGAAUUCAUCACUCGCUGAAAGAGCAAACCAAACAUCGAAUUCAAGAGAAAGGGCACAGCUAUUGCUCAAUAGGGCUACGAAACUUGCAAGUGACACACAAACGCAGUUAAAACUUCUUGCCAACAUGGAAGAGCUUUAUAAUGACCAUAACGAACAACUUAAUACCUUGGAAAAAGAAAUAGGCGAAUUGAACUCGCAAAUGAAUUAUUACCUAUCGGAAAUAACAAAACGCUCAGACAACUAUAGAUCUUGCACAACAUAAGAUGUUUUCAACAAGUUUUUACUCAGUGCCAUUUAAAUGUAUAUUACCAAUGCAUUUUUAGUAGAACUUAAGUUAUUUUACAUUAUAGUUUCUGGCUAUGCAGUAUGUUCUGUAAAUAUUAUGAAUUGAAUCGAAAAUAAUAAGCAAUUGUAACAAUUUAUCAGUCCAAAGAGUAAUUUUAGUUAGCAUAUUGGUGUGUAAUUAAUCAAACAUGCAAUUCUUAUAAUAAUUUAGCUUAAGUAUUUUUGCCUUUAUGAAGCUUGAAACUAUAUUUUAAUCAAUAUUUUAUAUUAUAAGUAUAUGUUCCAUAUAGUGUAAUCUACGCUCGUAAUAAUAUUGUGUGUAUAGCAAUAAGUACGUAUGCCUCGAUUGGUGUUUUGUAUAAGAUUUAGUAGGCAUGAACUUAUGUUUAAAGUAAGGCACAAAUACUUAAAUGUAGAUAGAUGGAUCUUUGUUAAUAUAACAUUUUCUAUGAAA